AUGGAGAGUCUGCUUCAACGAAUGGCUCGUGGCAAAGCUUUGCUCCUUGUCAUCAUUUUGGGAUUUGGAGGAAACUUUCAGUCUGGCUACCAUUUGACUUCACUGAGUUCUCCUACACCGUUCAUACAGAGCUUCAUCAACAGCAGCUGGUAUGAGAGAUGGAAGGAGGUUCCAUCUCCAGAGACAGUCACACUCCUCUGGUCUUUCAUUGUGGCCUCCUUUGCUAUCGGUGGAUUCUGCGGUUGUUUGUGUGUCAAAUUUAUAACAGCGAUCAUGGGAAGAAAAAAAGGAGUUAUCUGCAGUGGCUGCAUUGCAGUCGUUGCAGCAGUGAUCAUGCUUUCAAGUAAACCUGCAAAAUCGUUUGAAAUGAUCAUUGUGGCACGGAUCCUGGCUGGAUUUUCAGCAGGUUUUGGAUGGAGUCUCCAUAUUAUGUAUCUUUCUGAGAUUUCACCCAAAAGCAUCAGAGGAAGAGUGACUAUAACAUCUGCAAACUUUACAUCCCUCGGGGGGUUCGUUGGACAGCUGUUAGGACUGAGUGAGAUCCUCGGCCGUGAGGACCUGUGGAACGUAGCCCUCUCUGUCAAUGCAUGUUUCUCAGUGCUUCUGGUGUUGGUGUUUCCAUUUCUUCCUGAAUCUCCCAGAUAUUUAUUCAUAGAGAAAGGAGAUAAGGAAGCAUGCAGGAAAGCUCUCCAGACCCUGUGGGGUCCAGGCAGCUACAAACAGGAAAUGGAUGAGAUGUUGAUUGAGCAGGAAAGAAUCGAUGCAGUUGGCAGGAAAAAUCCACUGCAGUUGUUAAAGGACAGGACUGUCUGGUUGCAACUUGUCACCAUUGUCCUCAUCUAUUGGUUCAACCAGACGUCAGGCAUGUCUGUGAUCACCACUUUCUCUUUUGACAUCUUCAUGCAGUCGGGUGUUCCAGAAAACAUGAUCCGCUAUGUCACUCUUGGUCUGGGAGUCUGCCAGUUUAUCACUUCAAUGUUCUCAAGUUUUCUGAUUGAGCGUAUCGGGAGGCGGCCAUUGGUCUGGGGGGGCUAUGCCGCCAUGUGCACUAGCUGGGUGGUGGUCACAAUUCUGCUCAACGUGAAGGGUUUGAGCGACUGGGUUUCAUACAUUUCUGCUGCUAUGAUCAUCCUGAUCCUUGUGUUCUUCGCUGGAGGACCUGGUGCAGCUGUAGGCACACUUUGCGGUGAAAUCUUCAUCCAGUCUGACCGGAUGGCAGCUUCAGCCAUUGUGGGGAUGCUGAGGUGGUUGGCGAUUGCAGUCAUGACCUUUUCCUUUCCAUUUCUUAUUAACUCUCUCGGCUCCUACACCUUUGUGCUGCUAGCCUGUUUUUGCCUGCUGGCUUUUCUUUACACCUUCUUCAUUCUGCCGGAGACAAAAGGAAAGACGAUAGUGGAGAUCACAGAGGAGUUCAAAGCCAUCAUGGUCUGUAGGAAAUCCUCCUCAGAGGAAACAUCAGAUACCAUGAUGUCGAGGGUCUGA